AUGGAUAGAGACCAGCGAGAACCGCCGCCGCACACGAGUUCGAAUGGGUAUUUCGUCCCUGACGUCACUUACCUAGACCCAGGAAAUCGUCGAAUGCGAAUCGUCACCAUAGGUGCUGGCUUCUCAGGCAUAAUGUAUGCAUAUCGCUUUCAGAAUGAACUUGAGAAUGUCGAACACGUCAUUUAUGAAAAGAAUGGUGAUAUUGGCGGGACGUGGCUGGAAAAUCGCUACCCUAAGUGCUCCUGUGACGGCAAGUUAUUCACCAUCGAUAUAGCAGUCAAUGAUUCUAUCUGGAAAUACCUCGAUCGUGUAUGUCGAGUUUGGGACCUGCGUAAGUAUAUGCAGUUCAAUAGCCGUGUGAUUGAGGCGACGUGGAAUGAAGAUCUUGGAAAGUGGAUGCUAAAGGUGGAGCAAACCUACUCGGAUGAAAGCACGAGUGUGUUGGAGGACGAAUGUGAUGUACUUAUUCAGGCUACGGGUAUGCUUAACAAUCCCAAAUUGCCAGAGAUUCAGGGAUUAGGGUCCUUCAAAGGUCGAGUGGUACACACGGCACAAUGGCCUGAUGACUUCACCGCCGCUGAAUGGACCGGGAAGAAAAUCGUGAUUGUAGGAGCAGGGUCGUCCAGCAUACAAGCGACUCCCGGAAUGCAACCGUAUGCGAAAGAACUGCACGUUUUCAUACGAUCCAAGUCCUGGCUGGCGUCCGUUCAACCAAACUACGGUCUGAAACCAUUCAAGGGUCUCAAGAAGAACAAGAGAGUUUUGCCCGUGAUCACGCAAAAUUGGUUUCGCAAGCACGAGUCUAUGAAGCAGGAAGUCUGGAAAGCCUUGUUCAAGGAUUCUCCCGAACAAGAGGCUCUCCGGUCGCGCUUUCAACAGAUCAUGCGCGAUGAACUUGAGGACGAAACACUCGUGAAGGGGUUGGUUCCAGAUUUCGCCGUUGGCUGUCGAAGAACGUCUCCGGGUCGCGCAUUUAUGCAAGCACUGAAAAAGCCGAACGUAUUUCCUCAUUUCACAGCACUGGCCAAAGUUCGUGAAACCUCUGUGAUUGGAGCUGAUGGUAGCGAGAUUGCAGAUGUUGAUGCUAUUGUCCUCGCGACUGGGUUUGAUACAACUUACUUGCCUCGAUUCAAUGUGGUGGGCAUGAAUGGUGUUUCUCUGAGAGCUAAAUUUACACCCAACCCGGAUUCAUAUCUUGGAAUCGGUGUUCCAGAUUUUCCAAAUUUCAUACUUACCUUCGGGCCUACCUUUCCGGUACUUACGGGAUCAGUGACAGCCUCAAUCAGUGCUGUGGCAGACUAUGCCAUCCAGAUGAUCAAGAAAAUUCAGGCAGAAGACCUCCUCUCCGUUUGUCCACGACAAGAUGUUACGGAUCAGUUCAACGAGCACUGCCAAACCAUGUUGCACGGAACCGUCUGGGAAGAUCACUGCAACUCGUGGUACAAGCGACCAUCGGACGGUCGCAUCACCGCAGAGCUCACAAAGGGUACAGGUAGUGCAUUACAUUUCCAGGAAGUUGUCCGUCAUCCUAGAUGGGAAGAUUUUCACAUCAAGUCUCGCAAUAAGCUGAAUAUGUGGGCAUUUCUCGGUCGCGGUUUCACGAGAACUGAACGCGACGUAAAUGCGGAUAUUGCUCCCUAUAUGAAUGUCGACAAUCUGGACUUGGCCUUCUACGAUUACGAUAGAUUUCCUUUACGCAAGGAGGCAGCCCCAACACCAAGCCAGGCUCGGGAACAGACACUCAGACCACGACCCGAAGCAGUCGAGCGCAAUGGUGGGCCGUAG